GAGAUCGCGAAGCUCUUUCUUGGCUUAUUUGGGCAGCCAUCGGCAAUGUUGGUGCCGGGUGAAUCGGCCGAGUUUCCCUCAGGUCUGAAGUUGAAGAUUGGAGUGGUUUUGUCGGGAGGCCAAGCCCCUGGAGGACACAAUGUGAUAUCUGGAAUCUUCGAUUACUUGCAGGAUCGUUGCAAAGGAAGCACAGUGUACGGGUUUAGGGGUGGACCAGCUGGGAUCAUGAAGUGCAAAUAUGUGGUGUUGACUCCAGAGUUCAUUUACCCGUACAAAAAUCAGGUCAGAAUUAUUUGAAUGAAACUUGAAUUAUUUUU